AUGGCAUCCCGUCCACCGAACAUUCUUCGCUAUAUCCGUUUGCAGGUCCGGCAUAGCAGACCACGCGCUGUGUCGCGACGUACCCUGUCCACACCCUCUCCUUCACAACCUCCACAGCCACCCAAUGUGAACGCCAAUGACUCCUGGUCUCGUCUGCGUCGGUUCAAUGAUCGUCUCCCCCGCUUUCUCCGCAAUUAUACCACCCCCUUAUUCGGCGCUCCGGUCACCCACAUCACAUCAUUCCUAAUACUCCACGAGAUCACGGCUAUACUCCCACUAUUCGGGCUAGUUGGUGCCUUUCAUUAUGGUGCAUGGAUGCCGGACCUUUCCUCGGAGACAGGCGAGACCAAUGCCUUUGACGAGGGGGCUGCGCGUUUUGGUCGCUGGUUGAAGAAGAAGGGCUGGGUGGACCAGGAUGAUGUAAAUACUGUCGCGGAACACGAGGCUACUGGGGAGAAGAGAACGGAGCGUGCGGGGGUGCGAUUGGUCCUGGAAUUUGCAACGGCCUAUGCAAUCACCAAGGCUUUGCUGCCGGCUCGGCUGGCAGCGAGUGUAUGGGCCACGCCGUGGUUUGCAAGGACCGUUUUUACACCUACGACCAACCUAGCCAGGAGGCUGUUCCGAAGAGGUUGA